AUGGUAAAUUGAUGGAAUUGGAGUUCGGAACAACAAAAAACAUUGAACCUUUCACGACAGCUCAUACCAGUGGUUGACGGCAAACGGAGACACAACACAUCACAACACAAACAAAAAACUUUCUUCUUUUUCUCUUCCAAAUCAUUCAUUCAUUUCUGCAAAUUCCGGUCAGGCCAACGGUGAAACAUGGCCGCGUCUGGUGAGGAUGAUGCCUCCAAACAAGACCUCUUUCACCUCAUCAAACGUUUCGGAGCUUACGUUACCUUCAAGAUCUCCGAUCUCUUCAACCUCUCUUUCCAUAACCUCGAUAUACGCACUAUUGGGGCGGUUGCUGGUCUUGCUGUUGCUAUUGUUUUCACGUGGAGGCUGUUGAGGUCUCCGAGUGAUAAUCAAGGGAGGCAAAGAAAACGGCAGGGUGGUGCAACUAGUAAUCCUGGAGUCAGCAGCACACAUUCAAAUGCAUCGGUUGUUCCUUCUGAUGCUUGUUUACCUUCAGAUGAAUCAAGGGCACAAAAUGUUGUGGAUGAGUUCUUUCAACCUGUCAAGCCAACCUUGGGGCAGAUAGUGAGGCAGAAGUUGAGUGAAGGAAGAAAGGUAACAUGCCGUCUGCUUGGAGUGAUUCUCGAGGAAAGCAGUCCAGAGGAGCUUCAGAAACAAGCAACUGUGAGAUCCUCGGUGCUAGAAGUAUUGUUGGAAAUAACUAAAUACUGCGAUUUAUAUCUCAUGGAACGGGUUCUGGAUGAUGAAAGUGAGAAAAGAGUUCUUGUUGCGUUAGAAGAAGCGGGGGUAUUCACUUCAGGUGGUUUGGUCAAGGACAAGGUUCUCUUCAGCAGCACUGAGAAUGGACGCUCGUCAUUUGUUCGGCAAUUGGAACCAGAUUGGCAUAUCGAUACAAAUCCCGAAAUCGUCACUCAGUUAGCUAGGUUUAUCAAGUAUCAGCUCCACGUAUCGCCUUAUAAAACAGAACGAACUGCAGCUAAUGUGUUCAGUGCUCCAACCUUGGAACUCUUCUUCGGAUCCGCAUGAAAACCACAAAACACUACUAAUCACAUGUUACUCAUAAAUGUCUCUACUGGCUUGGUUUCUGUCUGCAUCUUGGAUUCAACCUUCAACCAUACGUUUUUUCUAGGUCGAUGAGAAAACUAGGUUAGAUUUUCUUCAAGCUUUGAUGGGUUCUCUCACCCUAGGUUAGUGAAAGACCUGUUUCUGUGCAUGUGUAUGAUGAUGCUUUGAGGAAGAAGUUUACAUUGUUUUCUUUGUUUACAUUUUGUUUCAAAAUUUGUGCAUUAGAUUCAGACAUUUUGAACCAACAAAGUAGCAAUUUAUAUUAGAUGUUUGUAUUCUAUCCA